AUGCACUCAGAUCCCCUUGCAGUCAUGGGCCAUCUGUCUCUUCCUCGGCACCUCGUUCUCAGAGUUUGGCACGUCGCAGAUGCUCGGCCAGAGCGGCCCGGUGUCCUCCGUGGCCCCUUGGGGAGACCCUCGUGGUCUCUGGUGGUUGUAGCUUUCAAUAACCGUGUUCUCCAACAGGCGGGCCUCGGUUUCUGGAAGGAAAAUCCAGUGCGUGCUUCUCUUUGUGCACAGGGCUUGUGGGACGUUGGGGAAACGUUGCCGUGCCCAGAAGACUUGGCUCCCGAUGAGGUCGUGGAACUGGAAAAUCGAGCUGUGCUGACCAGCCUGAAGCAGAAGUACCUCACGGCGCUUCGAACCCCAGGUGGUUGCUGGAGCCCAUCCCCAGGAAAGGCGGAAAAGAUGUCUUCCAGGUAGACAUCCCAGAGCACCUGCUCCCCUCGGGGCAGGAGGCCUGAGGAGCGUGCAGGGUUUCGGAGAAGCCAGCUAAGUCAUGACCCGUGAGCUGACCAUCGUGCUGCAGGCGGGGACCGCAGCUCUGGUCUGGCUGGGCCCUGCCGCGGAGA